AUGAACGAAGACCUCAUGCGAGCGUUCUACAGGGCUACAGGGACAGAAACAGGCAGAACAGGAUACAGGGCAGUAAUGCACCGCGAGUUUCUGCGUCUUUUACCGGAGCUAAUCGUCUCGGAACAGAACCUAGCCGAUAGAGUUCGGUACAUACAGCGCUCUGGUAUGUUUAGCGCGACCGAACUCGAACGAUUGCGAAGUGAAGUUGUUCCAGAAGCAGACCCCACGACCAUGGAGCAACCCAUCUCAGACGUGCUACCUAACGUAGAGAUGGUUGCCGAAAGGCCUUCAGAAGCGGAUGCGGACGGAACAACUUCCCAGGAUAUAGAGCAUAUGAGGAGCAUACUAGAAGAGGCGAUUCUAGAGAUCCGAAGAACUCCCCUCGAAGAGAGACCGAAGCUGCCCCGGAUACAUCCAAAUGUGGCGACGCGGGAUGCCAUUGAGGCCGCAAAUGGACUGCUGCCUCAAUACCUUGAGGGCAGCGGUGACCUGGGAGAGACGAGUUCAAUCCUGUUUGGCGCUGCGUUGGCAGUAUGCCGAUAUACCGGCGCAAAAAUGCCCCGGGCUGGACGUAAUAUCCAAAGGGAUAAUGCGAAACCAGCCUGGAAAAGAAGGAUUGAGCGACGGAUCACCCAGGCCAGGGUCCUCAUUGGCAGACUGCUCUGCUUCAGGGAGGGCAAUACACGCCCGAGAAUUAUGCGCUCCGUAAAAAAGGCCUUUGCUGGGACAGGUGUACGUCUGUUCCAGCCGGACUUCGGACAAAAACUUACGGAGCGUAUAGAUGACCUGAAGCAAAAGGUCGCUGCAUGGGGGAAGCGACUCCGACGGUACUCUGAGAGGGUCGAGAGGUAUCAACAGAAUCGUCUCUUUACGAGUGAUCAACGGAAGUUUUAUAGAAACUUGGAGCGCCCAAAACUACAGCCCACAGGACAAAGACCCGAGACAGCCAAUUUCGUCGCCUUCUGGCGCCAGCUGUGGUCUGAACCUGUGGAACAUGAGGAGGGCGCAUGGAUGCACGGUGUUGAGGAAGCAUGUGCUCGAAUAACGCCGAUGAACGUCAUUACCAUUACGGAGGAAGACGUGGUUGCUGCGAUCUGUCGGGCUCCGAACUGGAAAAGUCCGGGAAUCGACGGAUUGCAGCACUACUGGUUAAAGGCGUUCUCGGCCAGCCAUACGUUAACAUCCGUUCUGAGCGCUAAGAUCUCUCGUCAUGUGUACGAAAACAAGAUCCUAUCUAGCGCUCAGAACGGAUGCAGGGGCGGUAGCCGCGGAUCGAAGGAGCUUCUCCUCAUUGAUGCUGUCGCUGGCCAAGUGGUUAAGCGGAACCGUCGGAAUUUCUCCGCUGCUUGGAUAGACUAUAAAAAGGCGUUCGAUUCCGUGCCACACUCAUGGCUUCGGAGGAUACUCGAGCUGUACAAGAUCGACGGUACGGUUCGGGUGUUCCUGGAGACAUGCAUGGGGCAAUGGACGACGAUCCUGACUAUCCAGGGCGAGCGAUUAACGGAUACCGCUGACCGGAUUGAGAUUAAGAGGGGAAUAUUCCAGGGCGAUUGUUUGAGUCCACUUUGGUUUUGCCUGUCCCUGAAUCCUCUCAGUACUUUACUGGAGAAUUCGGGGACUGGAUUUCAGUAUCGGAGAGGAGAUACACGAGUGUCUCACCUUCUGUACAUGGAUGACUUGAAACUACUAGCUCCGAGUGUCGAACGCCUGACGGAGCUGUUAAAUAUUGUAAACGAUUAUAGCAGCUCUGUUAGGAUGGCACUCGGAAUAGACAAGUGCGCGGUUCUCCAUGUGCAGAGGGGACGGGUCAAUCAAACUGAAGGGAUCGUUACAGAUCCCUCCAACAUCAAAACCCUCUCCGAGGCUGAAACAUACCGGUAUCUGGGCAUGUCACAAAACAUCGGUGUGAGGGAGACGGAUAUGAAACAGUCAGUCCGUGAGGAAUUUUUUGCGCGCCUUACAAGAGUACUGAAAAGUUCCUUGUCGGGUGCCAAUAAGAUCCGAGCAUAUAACGGCUGGGUCAUACCCGUACUCCUUUACACUUUUGGCGUGCUCAGAUGGUCUCAAACCGAACUCGAAGCCCUGGAUCGAAAAGUCCGCACAACUAUGACCCUCCAUAGAAUGCAUCACCCGAAAUCGUCAGUCAUGAGGCUGUACAUCCCGCGGAAGGCUGGUGGUCGAGGCUUGUUAAGCGUUAAGACCAUGCACAACCGCGAGAUUGACAGUCUCAGGACAUAUUUUCUGAAGAAAAGAGACGAGGGUUUGCAUAGAGAGGUCAUAGAAUGUGACAAAGGAUUCACCCCUCUUUCUCUGGCUAAAGAGGACUGGCGAAAACCCGAAGUCCUGGGUACCUCUCAGCGGGAGGCCGUAUGGAAAGAGAAGGAGUUGCACGGAAGGUUCUUCAAAGCCCUACACGGGCCGUACGUCAACACGAAGACCUCCGUGCACUGGCUACAGUUCGGUGAUCUCUUCGGAGAGACCGAGGGUUUUGUCUGUGCAAUACAGGAUCAGGUGGUUAAGACGAACAAUUACCGAAAGCACAUUCUGAAGGAUGGCACUGAGGACAUCUGUCGGGCAUGUCGCCAUCCCGGAGAAUAUUCUCAUGAGAAUAUGAGAAUACCAGAGUGA